AUGGGACAAUACUUCCAAGGAGGGUUUCUAGGUGGUUUUAGGCCGGGUCCUUCCACUCCUAGCUUUGCCAAAGCUACUCCUCCUUCCAAGUUUGUGGAUAAGGGUGCUUCCUUCUCACAAGCUCCUCGUCCUAAUGGUGUUUUCAGAGACCAAAAUCCACCACAAGGUGGAACCUUCAAAUGCUUUAGGUGUGGUGAACCGGGGCAUAGAUCUUUCGAUUGCCGCAAGAACAUGGGUAAUAACCAAAACAAGGCACUUCUCAUUGAAGAAGUUGAGGAGCAUGGUGACUUUGAAGAUGCUCCAAUCUUUGAUCCUUCAGGUAAUGUGGCAAUUGGUGGAGAUAGUGAUGAAGAAGAGGGUCUUGCUCUUAUGUUGAAGAAGACUCUUCUCACACCAAAACUAGAGAGCCAAGAAGAUUGGUUGCGUACCAAUAUCUUGUAUUCCACUUGUAACAUUGGUGGCCGUUUUUGUAACAUGAUCAUUGAUAGUGGAAGUUAUAAGAACGUAGUUUCUCAAGAAGUGGUGGACAAACUCAAUCUUCUGGUGGAGGAACAUCCCCAUCCUUAUUCUCUAUCUUGGUUCAAGAAAGGCAAUGAGAUCAAGGUUACCAAACGGUGCUUAGUUUCAUUUUCUAUCCAACAAAAAUACUUUGAUGAGGCAUGGUGUGAUAUAGUGCCUAUGGAUGCUUGUCACAUUCUACUUGGGCGACCUUGGCAAUAUGACCGGCAAUCUUUGCAUGAUGGCAAACGAAACAUCUACACCGUUGUCAAGAAUGAUAUCCGGUUCACAUUGCUUCCAAUGAAGGAAAAGGUUACUUCCAAGGAUGUUUCCAAGUCAUCUCCUAGUGCCACUACGGUGCUUGCUUCCAAGGAGUUUGUGGAAGAAAGACGAGAUUUUGGGAUUGUAUUAGUGUUGGUUCCAUUUGUACACAUGGGUGCUUCUAAAGAAAAUGUUGAGGUGGCCACUCUUUUGGAAGAGUAUUCCGAUGUCUUUCCCCAAGAGCUUCCUCCUGAUUUGCCUUCUAUGCAUGACAUUCAACAUCGUACUGAUUUGGUCCUCGGGUCGGCGUUUCCAAACAAACUAGCCUAUCGUAUGUCUCCAAAGGAGAAAGAGGAGUUGCAACGGCAAGUAGAAGAGCUUUUGGCUAAAGGGCAUAUUCGGCCUAGCCUUAGCCCUUGUGAUGUUUCGGUGCUUUUGACACCUAAGAAGGAUGGCUCUUGGCGUAUGUGUGUAGAUAGCCGUGCAAUCAACAAGAUAACAAUCAAGAACCGCUUUCCAAUUCCAAGAUUGGAUGAUAUGCUGGAUUGCCUUGGCAAAUCAAAGGGGUUUUCUAAGAUUGAUCUUAGAAGCGGAUAUCAUCAAAUUCGCAUCAAGCUCGAUGAUGAGUGGAAAACGGCCUUUAAAACGCCUCAUGGCCCAUUUGAGUGGCUUGUGAUGCCAUUUGGGCUUACUAAUGCUCUCAGUACUUUUAUGAGAGUGAUUACACAAAUGUUGCAACCACUUUUGGGAGUGUGUGUCAUGGUCUACUUUGAUGAUAUCUUGAUCUAUAGUCAAAGUUUGGAAGAGCAUUUGUGCCACCUUCGGCAAGUCUUUGAGCUUUUGAGGCGAGACAAGUUCUAUGGCAACACUAAGAAGUGCACCUUUACCAUGGACCAAGUCAUCUUCUUGGGAUAUGUUGUGUCUUCUCGUGGGGUGCUUAUGGAUGUAGAGAAGGUCAAAGCAAUUGUGGAAUGGCCCACUCCUUCUAGUAUCCAAGAAGUACAGAGUUUUCAUGGUUUGGCUAUUUUCUAUAGGUGA